AUGGGCGCGCUCCAGGUGGCAAAACGGCACCUCCGGGCCACCAUGAAAGACAAGCUCAAAGCUAUACCUCAGGAAUCCAUCAUGACGCAGAGCUCGACGGUGUUCGACACGCUUAGGUCACAGAGUGCCUACGUGAAUGCUAAAAGGGUCAGCAUCUUCUUGUCCAUGCCCACGGGCGAGAUCCAAACGGAUGCCAUUGUCCGGGACGCGCUGAAGGCGGGCAAGGAGGUGUUCAUCCCCUAUCUUCACAAGAACAUGGUCCAGGCGCCCGGCCUACCAGCCCGGGUGAUGGACAUGGUCCGCUUGAAAGACCUUGCCGACUACGAAGCUCUCGAGCUAGACAAAUGGGGCAUCCCGAGCGUCGACCCCAACACUGUCGCAGAGCGGCGGCGUGUGUUCGGUGGACCAGACGCCCCGCACUCGGACAGCACGCUGCUCGAUCUUGUCCUUAUGCCUGGGGUCGCUUUCGAUACCCACCCCGAUGACGGGGUCAUCAGGCGUCUCGGCCAUGGGAAGGGCUUUUAUGAUUAUUUUCUUUUUCGGCAUGGGCUCAAAGCGGGCUCGCUUGGGCAGCAGGAUUCUCCUGUAUUGCUUCUCGGCUUAGCUCUUUCCGAGCAGUUCCUAUCUCCAUCUGAAGGGGAGGUACCUGUUGGACCCCUGGAUAAACCUCUGGACGGCCUGAUCCUCGGGAAUGGCGACGUCCAGGGCCCGCUUGCUCCUGCAAAUAACACAGAUUGA